AUGACUGAAGAGAUCGAGGUUCAUUCGUUUGAAGAAGAGGACGCUGAGUUUUUUGAAUUCAAACAAUUUAAUAAAAAUGCGCUAAGCGUACAACUCUCGCAAGAUACCACUUACCCAGAAGUAAUACCACCCUAUCCGUCUCUACUUGCAAUUUCCAAAAUUUAUGGUUAUUUUGUAGCGGCAACGAAUAAAGGCUUCAUAUACGCGUAUACACAAGAUUUACACAAAUUAUUUGGGAAUUCUGAAGCUGGCUCAAAGGAGCUACUAUCUCAAAAAAUUCACUUUGAAAUACCUGAAGGCAAUGUUCGGUGCCUCAGACUCUCUUCUGAUCAGCUUACAUUAGUUGUCGGUGUGGAAGGUGGCCUUGUAUUCUUUUAUGAUGUUACAAAAUUUGCUUCUGAGCAAGCAGGAAGCCAGCCAUUUCAAAUAAUGUCGUUUCCGGAUGAUGUUAGGGAUCUUCGCCCAAAUCCUGGUGAAAAACAUAAUCUGAUAGCUAUCUUACUUGCAUCUGGCAUAAUAUACAUAAAAGAUUAUUUAUUAAACAAUGAAAUAAGUAAACUUGAAGGCAGUAAAGUUGGUGAGCGGUUCACUGCCAAAAAUGCUCUGUUUGUUGUGGCUUAUUUUCCGGUUAUUCAAGAAGAAGAAGCUGAACAUGAAGUUUUUAUUGUUUCGCGUGAAAUAAAGUCAAAAAUUCUCUACAUAAAGUGCCCAACAAUAUGUUGCCCAUCCUUGUUUGAUCACCCUAAACUUCCUUAUUUAUACAUGGAAACCAUUAAAGACUGGGGCUCAAAUUUGAAAUGUCUUAUAAUAUGUGCAAGCGCCAAUUCUGCGGAUGUAAGCUUGAUUGUACGAGAUUCGUCAAAUAAUUGGACUAGCUUAAUUCUUACAGAAACAAAUAGGGCUGCACUUCCAUUAUCAGAAAUUCAUGGAAAUGAUACUUUACCUAUUGGUCUGGCACUUGAUUUCACUUGCAUAGAAUCUUGGAUCACUCGGUUAACCGCUGAUGAAAAUACUGAAAUUCCACCGGUCCCUAUACUGUAUAUCUUGAAUGAUGAAUGUGAUAUAGUCGCGUAUCGUUGCUUUAAUAAGGAUGCUUUUUUAGCUAACGAAAGUUUAUCCGAGAUGACACAUCCCAAAAAGCUUCCUGAUACGGGACAUUCAUCAGGAAUGAUUCCUCCAAAGCGGGAUCUAUUACCUCCUACAACAAAUACACAGGAUUCUACGGCUUUUCCACCUAUUGAUGCACCUAACAAAACAGAAUCACCUAUUAGUCCUCCUAGCAAAACGGGUUCGUCUGUUGUUGAUCCCAUCAAAACAGCAUCACCUAUUGUUGUUCCCCUCAAAACGGCGUCGCCUAUUGUUGCUCCCAUCAGAACAGCGUCACCUGUUGUUGCUCCUAUUAAAACAGCAUCGCCUAUUGUUGUCCCCAACAAAACAUCAUCUCCUAUUAUUGUUCCUACCAAAACAGACAGUUUCAAUAACAGUCUCGCAUCCUCUGUAAGUUCCAAUAAAUACAUUCCAUCGCAAAAAAAUAUUACAACUCCGCCUCCAGAUUCUACACCGCCCCGAAAUUUGGGUUCAAACCAGCCUACUGAAUCUGAUAGCAAGACUCCACACAUGAUUCGUAUGAAUGCCACGAACAAUGAUAUAAAUCAACUUAAUAACUUAAUAGAAGUAGUGGGAAAUAGUUAUAUAGCAAAAUAUCAUAAUCGAACUACUGAACAAUGUUUUGAUAAUUCUGACACAUGGUCAAUCGGCGAUUUGCCGGUAAUAACAUCAGAAAUAAAUCGAUUGGAACAUGAAGCCAGUUCUAUGUCUCAAGCUUUAGCCGAUUUGCGACGUCAAGUUAAUGAAUUUAGUCAUGAUGUACACAUAGACUAUGUUAAAACAACUAAAGAUAUUGAACACCUAAUGUACACACCUUCCAAUAUGAUUACAAUUGGUCGUCGUGGGAUAUUACAAUCUCGUAUCAAAGAGAGACUAGAGACAACUUUUAAGACUGUUAAGGAAAGUGCUCAGGCUUUGGAAGCACAACUGAACGCAUUACAUGAGCAAAUUCAAGAGAAAAAAUCGAACAAAUCAUUAAGGCAAUAUAUUGAUAGAUCAAUUCGUAACAUUAGCAAAGGCUUGUACCGUAAUGCUUCUCAAAUUGAACAAUUGAGUGCUCAAUUAGACCAGCUCACAUUACAGAUAUCUUCGGGAGAUCAUGCUUCUAACCGUGAAGCAUCUGUAUCUACUCCAAUAAUUAAAGUUGAACCAAUUAAAGCACCUACUAAAAAUAUUUCCUAUUCAAUUGAUGCAGCAGAAGCAACUGCUGCCUAUCUUAAUAAAGAGCGUAUUUGUGAAAGGCUCAAAACCAUAAAUAAAUUUAAUAGAAAGUCUCCUGUUAAAACCAGUGUUUUCGAGGAAAAUGAAGAUGAAUUUACCGAAAAAAAGUUUAUGACUCCUAUCAUAAUUUCACCCAAAAAAAGUCCAAGUUCGCUUAAACCUCGUACAUUUCCUCGAGCUUUUUCACCUCGUCUUGGAAAACAAGUACUAGAGGAGAGGAGUACAAGACUAUAUCAAGUAGAAAAUAUAGAUUAUGGUACUGAAAAAUACCAAGAUUAUGAAGACAGUCGACCGUUCAUUCAUGAUGACAUAUAUACUCUUCCUGAAAACCUGGGAAUUCAAGAAACAAUGCAAGCUACUGAAGUAGCACAAAGUGUCAGGUUCCAAUCUACAGGAUUAGAAUUGCCUCUGUCAUUUGGUGAAAAGCUUGUGGAGUCGCCACUGCCAUAUGCUUUAGAAUCUGACGAGUCAAACCUAACUCGGGCGUCUCUUAUAUCACAGUAUAAUGAGACAACACAAGAACAGUCCAUAUUUGAAGCGACAUCUUCAUAUCAAGACAGAGAUGAAGAAGCUCAAUAUUUAGAUUCUUAUCGUGAUGAAACUCAAGAUUCCGAUGAAUCGAAAUUUGGAAAAAUUAUCGAGUCUGAUGUAUCCAGAUUGUUAAAAACUUCCGAACUUAAACAGUCCUUUAACAACUUUGAAGAGGAAUCUAAAUCUAGUGUACCACAAACGGUACCUAAUACAACUACAGAAGAUAUAAUCGCAGAAAAUGGCAAUGAAUUAAUGGGGGUUUCUGAAAAUUUUGGUUCAUUUGGGCUAGGAGAACCAGCAAAAACAUUCAAUGCAUCUGGUUCGCAAAGCGGUUUCGGUUUAUUCGGAGAUAGAUCACUUGCAGACACCCCUGUUAGUACUGCUGGUUUUGGUAAGCCGACGUCAUUUGGCGCGGCAACAUCUGCUCCUAUAGUAUUUGGAGCAGGAUUACCAGUUAGUAAUAAUGCUUCAGGUAUUCCACCAGCUUUUGCAACACCACCUAGCAAUGUAAAUACCUUUAGUUCAUUAGCUGCACAUCCUUCUCAAGCAUUUGGGCAACCAGCUUUUGGACAAAUUGGUUUUGGACAAUCAUCACUUGGCGCAUCUAAUACACAAGCAUUUGGGCAACCAGCAUUUGGACAACCAGCAUUUGGACAAUCUGGUUUCGGGCAAGCGCGGAUGUUUGGAACUCCUGCAGCUCUUUCCGCAAAUGUGAGGCCCCCAAGUGGUAGUGGAUUUGCUCGAUUUGCAAGCAAUAAUGCAUUUGGGAAUGUGAAUGACGGCAAUGAUAUUUUGGGUGCGAGCGGCAACAGUUUCGGCGCAACAAAUACUCCUGCCAACACAAAUAAAUCGUCAUUUAUGGAGUUUCGUG